AGGAAAGAAGAAAGAAAUUCGGAAGUUUAUUAUGCGAGGCUAAGAAUCAAAAAUAGCAAGUUAUAAUAAGAAAAAGAAAAAAAAAACUCGAGAAAUUUGUGAAAGAGUGGGAUGGGAAAUGAUCACCCAGAGCUGAAGGAUUCUUUUACGGGUGUAAAUUCAACUUCUGGAUUUGCUCCAUACCCGAAAUUUGAUCCAAAAUAUAUAGAAAAUCAGCAAAAUAUGGGAACAUUUGUUGGCAUGGGAUCUCAAUCUGAAUCUGGAUUGAAUUCAACUUCUGGAUCUUCUUCAAUGAAUAAAUCAGUUAGUUUCAAUUCAGAGAAAGACUUACUUCCAAUCACAGAUCAUAAUAGUAACCAUUCUGCAGCUACAACAACAACAACAACUAUGCCACCUGAAACUAAUCCUUAUAUUUCUUCUUCGCCUGUUCCUUCUUCUGCUUCUGUUAAAGAGACAAUGGAAACAGUUAGGGAUGCUGUUAGCAGAUGGAGUAGAAGGGUGGGAGAAGCUACAAAGAAAGCUGAAGAUCUUGCUGGGAAUGUUUGGCAACAUUUGAAAACGGCUCCCAGUGUUACUGAUGCUGCGAUGGGAAUGAUUGCGCAGUCUACAAAAGUUUUAGCAGAAGGUGGUUAUGAGAAGGUCUUUCAACAAUCUUUUGAAACUGUUCCUGAAGAGCAACUUCAAAGUUCAUAUGCUUGCUAUUUGUCAACAUCUGCUGGUCCAGUCAUGGGAACUUUAUAUUUGUCCACCGCAAAAAUUGCAUUUUGUAGCGAUAAUCCUCUUUCAUAUAAAGUUGGAAGUCAAACAGAAUGGAGCUAUUAUAAGGUAAGUAUCCCCUUGCAUCAACUUAAAGCGGUGACUCCAUCGGCAAGCAAAACCAACCCUGCUGAAAAAUAUAUCCAGAUUGCUUCUGUUGACGGCCAUGAAUUUUGGUUCAUGGGCUUUGUGAACUAUACCAGUGCUGUAAAAUACCUACAAGAUGCUUUGCAAACCCACAACUUGCAUUCUGUGUAACAGGUUGCCGUGCUAAUCUACCAUCGAGCCUCAUGCGUAACCUAGCCAAGGGAGCCGAAGCGGAAGGGGGCUGAGAUUGUGUCAUAAGGGGGGCAAGCUAACUCUACCGUCCAUGUUAAUUCUUGCAAUAUUACGUCAUUGGGGGCUUGAACCUGGGACCUCCUGGAGCGCAUGAAACUUUGGGGAACGGGGAUGACCAGCUGAGCUAAGGGGCCGUUCUUAGCUUAGCUGAGCAACAUUAUUAUUAUUAUUUGUAUUUUUUUUUUUAUUUACAACAUACUUAUCAGCCGAACCUUCGGGUGUGUGAAGAAUACUGAGAAAUGCGGUUGAUAACUUGUUAGCCGAACUUUGGUGUUUUGAAAACAUACCUAGAUUCGGUUGAUAAGUUACCAGUCGAACUUUUUUUUUAGCUCCAAAAGGGCA